UUGUGCAUGUGCGUGGCGACCGUCACUGACGCCCAGCUGGCGCGUAUGGUACGUAAGCCAGUGGCCAGGCCGCUUCAAUAAAUAUCGUCAUUCCGCCCAGUCUCUUGACUGCUGCUCGUUGCGCCCAGCUUCCGUCUGCUUCUCUUAGACACAACCAUAGCCUAGCGCAGCAGCAGCCAUGGCCGUGAAAACUCUGGACAAUGCGCUGAACACGCAGGGGCUCGCAAACGAGCAGCGGUCCCUUAUUGACCUGAUUGCAAAGUUGCAAUUCGCACAGCUCGACAAUGUCAAGCUGCCGCAGAUCGUCGUGGUGGGCGACCAGUCGGCGGGCAAGAGCUCGGUGCUCGAGGCCAUCACAGGCACACCCUUCCCCCGCGAUGCUGGCGCAUGCACACGUUUCGCAACCGAGAUCCGCAUGCGCCGGACCGCCCAGCCCAGCCUCAAGGUGGCCAUCAUCCCGGACAAGAACAGGCCGUACCGAGACCAGGAGGCCCUUCUGCGCUUCGGUGGCUCUGUCGACUCCAACACGCCCUUCGACACCAUGAUGCGGGCGGCCGUCGACCUGAUCGCGCCCAAAAACAUCCCUGGCCGCUUCGCCGCACGUGACAUCCUCGUCGUGGAGAAGCAGGGGCCCGACAUGCCUCUGCUGACCCUCGUCGACCUGCCGGGCCUUGUGAGGAACGCCAACAACGACCAGUCGCUGGACGACAUCAGCACCAUCGAGGCCCUGUCGGACCGCUACAUGAAGAGCUCCCGCACCAUUAUCCUGGCCGUCGUCGGUGGCAACUCGGACUACGUCCAGGCGCCCAUCCUCACCAAGGCCCGCCAUUUCGACCCCAACGGCACCCGCACCAUCGGCGUCCUGACGAAGCCCGAUCUCACCGAGUCCAUCGGGCUCGAGGACAAGUUUAUCGAUCUCGUCUGCAACAAGGACCAGCGCAACAACUUCAAGCUCGGCUGGUAUGUCCUGCUGAACCCAGGCCCACGGGAGCCCGGCCAGGCAUGGCCAACGGCUCAGGAGAGGACCCAGCGCGAGCACGAGUUCUUCACCAGGGGCCGCUGGACCGCCAUCCCCGACAACAUGCAAGGCGCCGACGCCCUCCGCAAGAAGCUCAGCGAGCAGCUGCAGCGCCAUAUCGGUCGUCACCUGCCCGUUCUGCGGCGGCAGAUCCAGAAGUCUCUGGACGAGACCGACGGCGAGCUGAAGCAGCUCGGAGAGGGCAAGGACACUGUUGAAGAGAUGAAGCUCGAGAUGGUUGAGAUGUUCUCGGAAUGCAAGGAGCUGGCCAUUCCAGCACUGCUGGGUUUCUACAAGAAUCCCCCUAGGAAGAACUUCUUCCGCUCGACGGCGGACCCCAACGGAACACCCGCACGCAACCUACGCGCAAGAGCUAUCGAAGAGAACGAAAGAUUUUCCCACAGGGUACGGACCAACGGCCGCAAGUUCAGCUUCACGGCGGUCAGCACAUCUGCAGCACGCCGCCCCAUGCCAUCCGCGGAUGGGCAAGACCAACAGCCGCAGCGUCCGCCCGACGAUCCGGCCAGACGUGAAUUCGUCGACCGUGAGGUCCAAGGCCUGCUCAAGCAGAUCCGGGGUUCCGAGUUCCCUACAGACCCCAAGCCGAGAGCUGUCUACAUGCUGUUCCAGAACUUCUCCGAGAACUGGCCGCGGCUGGCACAAGAGCACAAGGACAACCUGGGUGUGGUUUGCAGCGAAUUCAUCGGCGAGCUCAUUGACUUUGCUUGGCCGGAGCGCAUGCGCGAGCCCCUGACCCGGCUCUUCGUCGAGCCCGAGCUCCGAAGGCUGAUGGACAAGGCCCAGACCGAGCUCGAGCUGCUGACCCAGGACAUGAACCUCGAGAUCCAGCCCUACGACCCAGAGUACGAGGAGCGCCUGCAGCGGUGGCACGCCGACAACACCUCCCCGGAAAGCGGCCGACGCAGCUACACUGAGGCCGAGGAGGUGCUGGAGAAGAUGCUCAUCUACUACGAGCUCUCGGCCAAGACCUUCAUUCGCAACGUCAUCACGCAAGUGGUUGAGCGCCACCUGCUCGGCGGCAUGUACACACUCUUCAACGCCGUCGCCGUCCUUUCCAUGGACAACGUGACCGUCGAGGCUAUCGCGGCCGAGAACAGGGAGACGCGCGACCGCCGCCAGACGCUCAAGGCCCAGAAGAAGGCCAUCGAGGAGGCGCGCGACCUCUGCUCCAGCCUGGCCAUGCGCCGCGAGUUGAGGGCCUACGCCGAGGAGGAUCGGGGUCUCGAGCAGGACACGUCGGAUGAGGAAGAUGGCGGCGGCGACAACAAGACUCCGACCUCGCCCCGCCACUAUCAGCCGGCUCCCCAGCAGGAUAAUGCAUACACGUCGCAGACAGCCCCGACCUCAUCUCGCAGGGCUGUCCGCAGCUCUCAGCAGUCGAAGUACAUACCGUCACAGCAGAAUAACCAGACUGCCUACCCACAGCAACAGCCUCAGCAGCAGCCUCAACAGCAACAGCAACCUCAGCCGCAGCAGCAGCAGCAGCAGCAGCAGUGGCAGACUGAGCACCGCCAGGGCAAUCCGUAUAGCUCCAGCGGCGCCGGCGGCAGCUACCAGCCCACCCCGAUCGUGCGGACCCCCGCCGCCGCCGCGCCCGAGCCGUCGGCCGACGACUACUACGCAGCGAGCAGCACCAACAAGGCGCCGCAGCAGGCCCCGCCGCCGCCCCCGCGGCCCGAUAAGGUGCGUUCGGCGCAGACCCUCGAGCCCGAGUCACCGGCCGCCUCUGACUCUAGAUACCACCACUCCAGCGCGGGUAGGGACGACGGCUACAGGUCAAGACCGACCUCCAGCAGCAGCGCGUACGGCGCGGCGCCCGAUGCGCGUGUCCCGUCCACGUCGGCGGCCCACGAGGCGGCCGACUACAUGCAGAGCUCGACUAGGAAGUACCCCAUAAGGAAGAUACUGGGGCGGGGCUGAGUCUUGGACCAACUUGGAGCAUGACGGACGUCUCGAAAGGCUAGGCUUUCCAGGUGGCUUGUUUAACUUUGCGCGUCUCUAUGGAGUAGUGUCUAUUAGUGUUUUAUCAUCAUUAGCGACAUAGAUAGACUCGGCAAUAUUCCAUUUCUCUCUCUCUCAA